AUGGCUAGAACCAAGCAGACCGCUCGUAAGUCUACUGGUGGCAAGGCCCCCAGGAAGCAACUUGCCACGAAGGCCGCUCGUAAGAGCGCGCCUGCAACAGGCGGUGUAAAGAAACCUCACCGUUACAGGCCUGGUACUGUCGCUCUGAGAGAAAUCCGCCGCUAUCAGAAGUCAACUGAGCUGCUGAUCCGCAAACUGCCCUUCCAGCGCCUGGUGAGGGAAAUCGCCCAGGACUUCAAGACCGAUCUGCGUUUCCAGAGUUCCGCAGUCAUGGCUCUGCAGGAAGCCAGCGAGGCUUAUCUGGUUGGUCUGUUCGAGGACACCAACCUGUGCGCCAUCCACGCCAAGAGGGUGACCAUCAUGCCCAAAGACAUCCAGCUGGCCCGCCGCAUUCGCGGAGAACUGCUACGAAAGGGAAACUAUGCUGAGCGCGUUGGUGCCGGAGCUCCAGUGUACCUGGCUGCCGUGCUCGAGUAUCUUACCGCUGAGAUCCUCGAGUUGGCUGGAAAUGCUGCUCGGGACAACAAGAAAACCCGCAUCAUUCCCCGUCACCUGCAGCUUGCGGUGCGUAACGACGAGGAGCUGAACAAACUCCUUGGCGGUGUCACUAUCGCUCAGGGCGGAGUGUUGCCCAACAUCCAAGCUGUCUUGCUCCCUAAGAAGACCGAAAAACCUGGCAAGUACGUGAUGGCUAGAACCAAGCAGACCGCUCGUAAGUCUACUGGUGGCAAGGCCCCCAGGAAGCAACUUGCCACAAAGGCCGCUCGUAAGAGCGCGCCUGCAACAGGCGGUGUAAAGAAACCUCACCGUUACAGGCCUGGUACUGUCGCUCUGAGAGAAAUCCGCCGCUAUCAGAAGUCAACUGAGCUGCUGAUCCGCAAACUGCCUUUCCAGCGCCUGGUGAGGGAAAUCGCCCAGGACUUCAAGACCGAUCUGCGUUUCCAGAGUUCCGCAGUCAUGGCUCUGCAGGAAGCCAGCGAGGCUUAUCUGGUUGGUCUGUUCGAGGACACCAACCUGUGCGCUAUCCAUGCCAAGAGGGUGACCAUCAUGCCCAAGGACAUCCAGCUGGCCCGCCGCAUUCGCGGAGAGCGCGCUUAA